AUGGAGGGUCACCUAAAUGCAAUUUUAUAUUACCUGAAAUGUUUACAAUAUCUUCAUUUAAAAGUAUCAAAUGAAUCACUGAAUAGCAAACCCAUCGAAGAAUUCGUUGUGAAAUCUUCUCAGGCACUGGCAUCACUUCCAGAACACCAAAAACUUUCGAUUAAAACUUUCCUCUCAGAUCAUUCGGAACUAUUUCCGCACUUAGACGUUGAGAGAUUAGAGGAGUUAGCCCUGGAUUCAGCAAAUUUAUCGUCAAGGUCAAGCCCAUUCAAGAAUGUUCCCUUCUUCUUCGAAGCCUCUCACUUGGCUUCGAAAGCUAAUAAGCCUCGUGAUGAAAUUUUUUAUUAUAUGGACUGGUGCUGGGAACUCAACCAGGAAGCUUUCAUUAAACUUAUGCUGGAGAUUUUGGAAAUUGGCGACCCUACACUUACGGAUGUAUCGAUUUCUUGGAUUAUUGAAGCACUAAAAAUUGAUGAUCGAGUAUUGUUCGAGUUUACCAAGUUUUCUUGCGGAAGAAUUCGAGAUAUUUGUGUACUUUAUCCAGAGUUUUCUUCCGAGUUUAUUUCCUCACUUCAAGUGAUUUACGAGAGAAGUGGUUGCGUCGAGGAACCACAUUGCCUAAAUCUGGAAAGGCACAUUAAAUCUCUGCGUUUGGCUGGUCUGAUACCUUCCUAA